AGAAUAAAUGGAAUGUUUAUCCUCUAUAAACAAAUGUUUUCAGAAAAUGUUGUGGUAUCUAUUAAGAGGAUGGAUUUAAAUGAAUUGUAUAGUAUAUGAGAGAAGAUUUUUAAAAUUAUUUUUAAUUGUGAUCUUUUUCUCUGCAGGUUGAAGAUCUUUUUUACAAUGUAAAUACAAGGAGGAAAGCUUUAAAAAAUCCAAAUGAAGAAUACGCAAAAAUACUAGAAGUUGUUAGCAGGUAUGCCAUCCAUAACUCGGGCAUCAGCUUUUCAGUUAAAAAGCAAGGUGAUACCAUGUCAGAUGUUAGAACCUUAUCAAACGCCUCAACAGUGGACAACAUUAGGUCCAUCUUUGGAAAUGCUGUUAGCAGGGAACUGAUAGAAGUGGGUUGUGAAGAUGCAAGUCUGGCCUUUAAAAUGAAAGGCUACAUCACGAAUGCAAACUAUUCUGUGAAGAAAUGUGUAUUUUUACUCUUCAUAAACCAUCGAUUGGUAGAGUCAGCCGCUUUGCGGAAAGCCAUAGAAACUGUGUAUGCUGCUUAUUUGCCAAAAAGCACGCAUCCAUUCCUAUACUUAAGCCUGGAAAUAGCACCCCAGAAUGUAGAUGUGAAUGUGCACCCUACAAAACAUGAGGUCCAUUUCCUUCAUGAAGACAGUAUCCUAGAGCGUGUGCAACAACAUGUAGAGAGCAAGUUAUUGGGCUCUAAUUCUUCAAGGAUGUACUUCACUCAGACAUUGCUUCCAGGGGCCGAGUGCUCUUCCAGUGAGGUCGUAAAAGCAUCAGCAAACUCUUCUGCGGUUACCAAAGGAACGAGUGAUAAAGUUUACCCGCAUCAGAUGGUCCGCACUGAUUCCCGGGAGCAGAAAUUGGAUGCUUUUCUUCAGCUGGUGAACAACCCCCUCAGUACAGGCCCCGCUGAAGUGACGACAGAGGCUAAUGCAGGACCUCCGGAGGGUGCGGCCAGGCCACAGGAUGCUGAAAUGGAAGAUGUCAGUGAUCUGGUUGAAAUGGCUGUUGUUCAGGGGGACACAGUGAUGCCUGAGGGGCUGAGUGAGAGUGCACGCUUGUCUCCUGAGACUGUGCCUCCUCGAAAGAGACCACGGGAAGACACGGACGUAGAAAUGGAGAAAGAUGACAGCAGAAAGGACAUGACUGCUGCCUGCACCCCUAGAAGAAGAAUUAUCAACUUGACCAGUGUAUUGACUCUCCAGGAGGAAAUUAGUAACCAGGCACAUGCAAAUCUUCAGGAGAUGCUCCGUGAUCACUCAUUUGUUGGCUGCGUCAGCCCUCAGUGGGCUCUGGCCCAGCAUCGGACAAAACUGUAUCUUCUCAAUACAACAAAACUCAGCCAAGAACUCUUCUACCAGAUACUUAUUUAUGACUUCGCAAACUUUGGAGUCUUAAGGUUGUCUGAGCCAGCUCCUUUAUAUGAGCUUUCAAUGCUUGCUUUAGAGGAUCCUGAAAGUGGCUGGACAGAAGAAGAUGGCCCAAAAGAAGGGCUUGCGGAGUACAUUGUGGAGUUUCUGCAAAAGAAGACUGAAAUGUUGAAAGACUACUUUUCUCUUGAAAUUGAUGAGGAAGGAAACCUGAUUGGGUUACCACUUCUGAUAGACAACUAUGUCCCACCGCUGGAAGGACUGCCUAUGUUCAUCCUUCGCUUGGCCACAGAGGUAAACUGGGAUGAAGAAAAGGAGUGUUUUGAAACCCUAAGUAAAGAAUUAGCUAUGUUCUACUCCAUUAGAAAGCAAUAUAUAAUAGAUGAAGCCAACCUGACGAACUCUCAGAAUGAAGAUUCUGACUCUAGUUCAACAACGUGGAAAUGGACUGUGGAACAUGUACUUUACAAAGCUUUUAGGACUCAUCUUUUACCUCCUAAACACUUCACAGAAGAUGGCAACAUUUUGCAGCUUGCUAACCUGCCUGACCUGUAUAAAGUUUUUGAGAGAUGUUGAGCAAGUAGUUAUUACAGACUGGUGCAUAUCUAAAAACCAUUCAUGCAACAUUCUGCUUUACUUAGUAGAGGAUAAAGCUGGAAUCUUGAUGAAGGAAAGAAAGAGGGGAUUUAAUAUAUUUACAUGAUAGCAAAUGGUCUAUUUUCCUUCUGUUGAUCAAAGAAUAAAAAAAUUGUUUUAGCUAUGUCUAAACCACUGACAUUCCUGAACAAAAUCUCCACUUAUGCUUUGAGUUUCACUAUUAAGCAACAAGCUAAUAGAAUAAAAUUGGGUUAAUUAAUUGUGAAAGGAGACAACAUUCGCAUUUCAAUUAAGUUAAGCUCUAACUUAGCUUGCUUUUUUUUUUAAGAAUGACUGUUGUGUGACAGUACCUCCACUGUGAGUGUACAUGCAAAGCAUGUAACUGCAGGAGUUGGUCUUGCAGUAUUUCCGCCCCCUUGCUGAAAUAAGGCAAAGCCCUUCCCUUAAAGGAGUCUGAAAAGCGAAACAGGAAUCCUCUGAUGGGCAGCGCAUGAGCAUGCACCCAUGAGGCUCUUUUCAAAGAAUAGUUGCAGCUGACAAUCUGACUACAGGCUCCAGUGUGAGAAGAAGCCAUUAGUCUUACUCAGGCAGGAAAAAAAAAAUGCUUGUGCUUUCAGUUGACCCCCAACCUUCCCUGAGACCAUCACAAACUUGAAUUAUCACAAGGAGGCCCUUGGUGCUGCUCUGCAGGGGUGGCUUAGAGGAAGUCAACGAGAAGCAGAUGUGCUUUCCACCAUAUGGCAAAUGAGGUUUUUAGCAGAUGUUUUGUACAUGCAAAUGCUCUCCAAACCCCCAAAGUAUUCUUCAUCUUCAGAAUACGCACCAUAAGCACAACUCAGCUAGAGCCUGAUGGUUUCUUCUGAACAAACAGCCAAAAUGAAUGCAAAGAGUUAGCAGCACAGACAAUCAUCUGUGAUCACUGAACUACAACUGUCUCCAAUUUAAUGAGUAGGCCUAGGGAGAUCUGCUACAUACAAGGCUGUCUCUCAGCAGGGAAAGCAUUUCUGUAAGUCCAAGAAGUAUCUAGCAUCCAAACCAAAAAAGAAAGCAAGUUGCAGUUCUGCACUGUAAAGAUACCCGUUCUGUUUGAAAGCAGCUCUGGUACAAGCAGAGGCACUAACACUCUGGAUUUUUUUUUUUUUUUUUUUUGCUGGAUUGCAAAAGUCCCAAAACCUGCCUUGCUUUGAGAAAUAACACUGAAAGGCAGCAGUUUGCAACAGGAAAGCAUCUGAAGUAAGUCCAAAAGGUUGAUUCCACUCACGCACCUGCUGGCCUCAAGC